AUGCCGUGCAGACUCCAGGUCCUCAUCGCAGGUGGCGGGAUAGGCGGACUCGCCUGCGCCAUCGCCCUUCGUCGCGCUGGGCACUCAGUCACCGUCCUCGAGAAGUCGUCACUCAGUCACGAAAUCGGCCAGGGCAUCACUUGUGCUCCCAACGGCUCAAAAGUGCUGGAUCGUCUCGGAUUUGAUAUCUCCAAGCAACUGCCUCUUGCAGAUUACAUGGGGACGCAUGUCGUGAAGGCUGACAACUUGGAAAUUUUGAGCUGGCAAGACUACAGCAAUCUGAAUGAGCGGUUAGGAUUCCGAGUGAAAACUGCAUACCGACCGGAUCUACACGCUGCAUUGGUCGAGCUGGCUACUGGUGCGGGAGAAGGUGAAGCAGUCAUCAUCAAGACGAAGACAGGUGUGGCAGAGUGGAACGCCGAGGCAGGAAGUCUCGUUCUUGAAGACGGCGCUGUCUUGACGGCAGACCUCAUCAUCGCCGCCGACGGUGUGAAGUCUCAGGCAGCCAAGCACAUCCUCGAACCACACCUUACAUGUCCAAGCAUCGACUCCAGCAGCACUAUCGUCUAUCGAUUCACCCUGCCCACCGCCAAGAUCAAGAAUGACCCCGAAAUGAGCCACCUCUUAGAUGCAGGUGAUGGAAUUUGUACGUUCAACGUCUCGACUCCGAGAAUGGAUCGAUGGCUUGUACGAUACUACUGCCGCAACAACGAGAUUUGUAACUUCGCACUCUAUGCUCUUGAGAGUCGAUCAGAGACAGACCUGCAGGAGAACGGACUGAGGUUCAAAACCGACCGAAGUAGCCUGGUGAAAGCCAUGCAAGGGUUCCACCCAAGUCUGCUCAAAGUCGCGAGUCUAGCAGACGACGUCCUCCCUCUCUGGCGUUGUACGACCCGUGAACCCCUCGAACGAUUGCAUAGAGGGAGAAUGGCAGUCAUCGGCGACGCAGCACAUCCACUACUACCGCAUCAGGGCCUCGGAGCGGUCUCUGCAAUCGAAGACGCCGGGGCGUUGGGCGCCUUAUUUUCCAAUCUCCCAUUGCACUCCUCUCAAGAUACCGGACGACUCGUGAGCGAACGACUGGAGCUUUUCAGCCAACUACGAGUUCCCCGCGUGGCAGCUUACAAGUUCUAUUCUGAUACGCCGUUCUUUCGCGAUGCAGUGCAGGAACAAGGUCAGAAAGUCAUGAAGUGGUAUAAAGGGGAGGAUUUACCCGCGAGAGCUGAGGACUUGAGGCCUUGGUCUAUGGCUUACGAUGUUGUCGAGGACGCAGAGCGGAAGAUGGCGGAGGCUGGAUUCUUGGAAUGA